CCACGUAGUAACAAUAAAGGGACAGAGGAUGGCGACUGUGCAUCCGCCGUACGUAUGUUAAGCAGCAGCGGCAGGACACAGUGCAGGCCUGAUGACAGCGGUAGCAACGACCCCUGGCUGUCUGACGGUGACACUCAACAGUCAUUACAACAACAUCCACAGCAAGGUGUCUGAUGCCCGAGCUUCUACCGUUCAGACAACAUUUUCAGCCGUACUGUACUUUCUCUCUUCUACUCUGGGCUCACACUGAUAUUGCACUCUCCAUGUCAUAAAUCCUCCUGGCUUGAGGAAGGGCUUGUCUAACAGCCAGCACUGACCUUCAGGGCUGAAAGGUCAAACAUUGUGAGGGUGGAGCUCAAUGGAUCAUGGUGGUCAGGUUGAGAGGGAGGGCAAAGUAAUGUCGCAAGUUCCUGUGGGCGGGGUCGACCUCUGUGAUAACCUCCCAAACCCCUCCCAAGCUCUUACUGCCCAAACUCGAAACCUCAACGAGACAAACGCACUCACGCUAAAUGAAGAGGGGGGAGGGCACAGGCUCAUCCAAAAAUCCUCUUUCAACAACAAUGGGAAUGAGGGAUACACAGGAAGAGACGGAGAGGAGGAUGAGGAAGAAGACAUUGAUGAGGUGAUGAAGGAAGAAGAAGUGGAGGAGGAAUCAGAGGAAUCAAGUGGUCUAAUUCGCUGCCAGUCUCCGGACACCCCCAUGACUGAUUCCUCAUAUUCAGAAACUGGCAGUCUGUUGGAGACUCCAUAUCCUUUUAGCCCUGGUACCAGUCCAGAGCCUACAUCCCCUGUAAUUCCAGUGAUCAGUCCAGAAACUGUGUAUCCCAUCAGUCCAGUGGAAUUCAGCCAGAGUGAUGUCUCCAACACUGGAUCAGUUGCCUUCACCACAGGGCCUAUAGAUUCUGCUACACUAACUGUAACCUCAGACACAGGGCCCACUAUCGCAGCAGGGCCCACAUGUAUAACAGAAGCUGCAGACAAAAUAGCAAAAAAUACUGAUGGCACUACAGAACAUCUUACCUCAUUUACAGAGCCUGUCUUCAGCCAUGGGCUGGCCAGUUCAUAUGCAGGACCUAACACCUCAGCUGCAGAGGCACUUACAGUAACUGCUUGCACCACAAGGCUCAACACCUUUGUUACUUCCACUCCUAUGAGUGCAAGCACAGGAACCCUAGCCUCCACCGCAGGUCCUAUGACUACUGGUACAGAAUCCACCUCCACCACAGGACCUAUAACCUCAAACUGGGAACACAUUACUUCCAUGCCAGUGCCCACUUGUUUCUCAGUCUCCACCUGCGCCAGUGGGCCAAUUCCAAACCCUGCUCUGCUGGAGUCUCUUGAGCAGUUGGCACAAAGAGGAGAUGACACUCACCUCCCACAUUACCUUCACCAGAUUGCUGAGGCCUUUGUCCUUCAGGAAGACUACCAGAGGGCAUUAUGGUGCAUCCAACUAGAGAGACUCUAUCACCAGAGAGUAUUGAAUAACCUGAAUACACUACAGGAGCAGUGGGAGAGUCAGUGUAAAAGGACAUCGUCUGAUCUGGCAACCCAACAUCUGGACGCUCUUAAACACAUCUGCCAGACGCACAGUCGACCAAGGGCUGGAGAUGCUGUGUGUGCACCUCUGGACUUCUUGAGGCCUACAUUCGAAGCAGGUGGUGCACUGCUUUCAUGCACCUCAGCCCAUCAGGUUGACGGAGGGUUGGAGCAGAGGGCCAAAGACUCCUCCCAUUCUCAGCUCGGCGAUCCAGUCAUACCCUCCAUUAAUUUGGCUGAUAGUAUCAAUUCCCCUGAGAUCUCAGAAGAGGACAGGGAAGACCCAGACAGGGACUUAAAGGGGAAGGACGGUCUCCAUGGACCUCGACUGACUGACAAGCAGGGCAGCGACAGAGAGGGAGGAGAGGCAGGAGGAGGGGUAGGACACACCAUCUCAGCGGUAGGAAAUGGUCUGCACCCCUCUACAGCUGGAGAAAUGGAUCAGUCCAAGCCCGCAGAGCAGCAGGGAGGAGAUUUAGGUCCAGCAGAGGGAAAGGAGGCAAAAAGGGAAGAAGAGACGAGGGACGUGGAAGAGGCAGCUGAGGCCUUGGAGAUGGAAGAUGAGGGAGAGGAAGAUGAGGAGGAGAAGCAGAAGGAAAGAGAUUCGGCUUUUUGUCAAAAAGCUCUUCCAGUGGAGACUCUGGUCAGUGGGGCAGAGGUGGAGGUACAGCAGCUGCACCAGGAAGCCCUAGCUGUGGAGAAACUACAUGAGGAGACCCAGGAGAGCGCUAAAACCUGCCUGCACCAGGAGGCCCACGUUCCUCAGGAGGCUCAUAUACAGCAGCAGAAGCAGCAUGAGGAGGAAGAGGAGGAGGAGUACGAAGUAGAGCAAGCUGACAUCAUCAGAGAAGCUGCCUCACUGGACGACAUGGCUAAACUCAUUACUGUAGAGGAGAUGUCUCCAGCUUCUGGCCUGGUCUCCAUAUUGAAGAAGCGAAAUGUAAGUGUGGACAACAUGAGUGUGUCUCCCAGUUCAGAGCCCCGGCCUGACAAACCCACUGCCAAAAGACGAGUCCGCUUCAAAGUUCCUGAUGAAGACUAUGAGCAGGAGGUUGGCGGAGGGGACUCCUGCCUGCUUCUCUUCCUGCUCUGUCUGGUUACUGUAGUGAUCAGUGUGGGUGGCACUGCCCUUUACUGCGCCCUGGGUGACGCCCACUCCUCAGUCUGUCAGGACUUCUCCAGAAAUGCAGACUUCUACAUUGGCCAGAUACAGCGCAGGAUAGCUCAGAUCCAGCACUGGUUUACCCCCGGGUCAUAGCAGCAAACAGUUUGUCAGCACUGUGGAACCACUGGCCUUACUGUGUAUCACUGUAGGUUCCAAUAGUUCCUGCUACUUCCCAGAACAAUGUUAUCUGAGGUGAUGGUGCCAGGCAGCUGCUACAGACCCUGUUGUCUUGGGGAAUAAGUGGCCAUUAUGCUGCCUAAUUGGCCAAAUGAUUAUAUCACAUACAGCUGACAUGUAAGCCUGUUCUACUGCAUUUUUAAUGCAGCUCUGUGAAUAAAAUUCCAGGGUUCACUGAGACUAAAAGUCAUAGGUCAGACGUCCCUUUACAACACUAGUUUGAACAGAGAAGCAGAGCAGAAGAGGAAGAACUGGCCUUACAUCCUUCUCAACCCUGACCAGAUUAAAUAGGUAACAAAUUCUCAGUGAAAUUUUAAUGUGAUGAAAGUGUCUUAUUGAACAAGCCGUCUCCAUAUUUUCAUUCACUGUCAGCCAGUGAUACUUAAGUUUCAAAAGUCACUGGGAGAUAAGUCAACCAUGACUGCAUGCAAACUUUCACUGACUCACACUGGACUCUCAAGACUAAACUCAGUUAAGAAUAAGAUCAAAUUAAUAACAGCUGCAACCCACAGAGAUGUUAAAAAAAAAAGUAAUGUAUAGUUUGUUAACUGGGGGGCACACAGAUGCUCUCUCCACAAACACUGCACAAAUGGGAAGAGGCCCAAUGGGCAUUUUACAAACUGCUGCAACCACCUGUGUUGCUUUUAUUGUUGACUUUUUUAAAUCACAAAUGAAAUUUUAAAAUGAGCAAACCAUUAUGUGGUCUUCUAUUUGGAAUGAAAUCAUCAUGUCUUAAACCUUUGAAUGAAUGUUUGGGGUUCAUUGUUAAACUUUGCUUAAUGUCAUCUAUGGGGCAUUUAUACAGUAUAUAUUGUCAGACAAAAGAUUGAAAGGGUUAUUUUGGUAUUUAUCAAAACUGAGCUGCUAAUGAAUAACAGGCACGUCAAAUAUGUUCCAUGGGGGAAAGUAACACAGUUUCAUUGCAUGUAACAAUUGUGAUGUUAAGUUAUACUUUGCAUUUGCAAUGAGCAGUUGCCGAAGAACUCUACAUCAGCAGCACAGCUGUACUUCAUAUGUACUCCCCCCCCCCCGCACAUAUUUGACAUGAGCGUCUUGUCGCUGACCUUUUCUGUUCAUCUACCAACAGUGGAUUUGCAGCGAGCUGACUUGGCUGCCACUGGAGACUAAAAAUGUAAACUAUCCGUAUAUGGUUUUCAAUGAGCUAAUCUUAGCUUUGUGUAGCAUAUGCAACAUGUACAGGAACACAGUGCACCUCUGUAUAUAUUGUUAAAAGAAUGUUUAACAUGUUGCACAUGAGACUGGUACAAUUUUUUAAUAGAUAUUGCAAUAUUUUAACAGGCAUUGUUCUGUUGGUCCUCGACUAAACACAGGCUCUACAUGGAUUUACCAGAAACAAAAAAUAUCCAUAUCCAUAAACUCUUUUCAGGUUUAGUGAACGUUAUGCACAGAUCAGUUUAACAGGAAAUACUCAACUGUAGGUAUUUAUGUCAGUAAAAAGAAAGAAAGAAAAACAAUGACAUCUGUUGAAUGAGAGAUGUACAAAUGUUUGAAACCAUAAUUAUUCAGUGUACUUCAUCAGUACAGCCUUGAUAUUGAUGGGAUCAUUUGAAGCACUCAGUCCAGCUCUGUCUGCCUGUGUGUUUGCUGUUGUUGGGGAAUACUGGGCAUCAACCUUUGGGUGUGACUGUCAAUAUUUUCAAUGUCCAGUUAGAUUUUUGCCACCAGUUUGUCUUUUUAAAGAGUCAUCUCCAUAUCUUUUGCCAUUUUUGUUAAACAUAUGUCUAAUGUGUUUACAGCUGCUGAACUGAGUCCUGUCAGAUAGAGGGAGAAAGGGACCUUUCUUUGGAUGGAGAAGUGAUUUCCUUAUGAAACAGGAAACAUUUUGGUCUGGUGAAAGGUUUAUAAUCACACUAGUCUUAACUCUCAAUUCUAAUAAUCUGAAAACAAAUCUUAGUCUUAGUGGGGUGAUUUUACUGCUUAAUCUCACUUUUUGACUCAGUCAGACAUCCAUACUUUUUGUGUGUUAUCGCAACGUUGCAAUGUUUAGUGUCCUGUUUAUUAUUUUUCCUUUCAUUUGGUGUAGUAUUGGAUGCCAUAAAAACUGCCCUAGAAAAAGCACAUAUCUUACAAAGGUCUUAAUUGUCAGUAAGUAAAGAAAGAUAGGACAGACUCAUGUGUCUUACCUAUGCAUUUUAACAGAUUAAGAUAAAACAGUAUUAUCUUUCUCUUAUGAUGUGUCACUCACAAAAACCUGAUAUGUGGUUUUCCCAGGGCAUAAAGAAUAGUCGGUUGAAUCUUUGUUUUUUGUUUGUUUUUUUUUUUUUUUUGCACAUGUCCUCUGGCUGGUUCAGAUGACUAUCACUCAGAAAACCUCUUAUUUAAUCUUAGAUGAUUUUAAUUAUUUAUAAUUAAAAUGUCAAGUGUAAGUGGUAAAGAAAAAAACAAAAUGCAUCUUUUUGUUUUCUUCGCUUGAUUGUUGUCAUCACACAUCUUAUAUUGCCAUUGUGCUUCAGGAGGUUUUGACAGAGAUUUGGAAUUAUUUCAUAACCUAACUCUUAUGAACAGCAUUGUCUGAAUCAUCAGUACAUGUUGCUUAUUUCCAUUCAUUUUCUCAGUUCUUGAAAUUGAUUUGAAACUGGUGAGCCUGUGCUACUGCUGUCAGUCACGUCCUCUUCACACAGAUUGUAAAAGGCUCAUGUUUCUUCCAUCUGAAGGCACAGGAUGUAUUUUCAUUUGUUGUCACCCACUGGUUUUUAACAGAAUGGUAGAAAUGAAUGAAUGAAAAUGUUUUUUUGUGUGAAUCAGUACUGUGCACCACUGUUAUCAACCUGAUGAAAUAUGUUUUUUUGAAUUGUUUGAUGAAUUCUUUUCACUUUGCUCUUAUAGAUUGUUAUAAGGAGAUGAGUUUUCCCCCGUUAUGUCUCCUGUUAAAGUCAUUGAAAAAAGUUGUUUGUGAGCCUUCA